AUGGCUGAUGAGGGGAAAAGCUAUGUUUCCACGGAAGUGUGUGAUGUGUUGGAAUCGGUUUCUUUUCUGAGUGUAUAUGAGCCUUUGAAAGUCUUCUUGAGAGUGAGGCCCUUUUCUAUAGCAGAGCUUGAAAGCCAUGACUCCCAGAGUUGUGUAACUAUUGAAGAUGCCCAGACAGUAAUUCUUAAUGCACCCAAAGAGUCUUCUGCAAUGAAAAACAGUGAAAGAGGGAUUGGUCAUGCUGUGCACAGCUUCACCUUUUCUCAGGUCUUUGGACCAGAAACUACUCAGAGUGAAUUUUUUGAAGGCUCAAUGAAAGAUAUUGUAAGAGGAUAUGUUAAUGGAGUGAAUGGACUGGUGUUUACUUAUGGAGUUACAAACGCAGGCAAGACAUUCACUAUCCAAGGGACUUCAAAAGAUCUUGGUAUUUUACCUCGCUCACUUGAUGUGAUUUUUAACCACAUAAGAGGAAGACAUUACCCGAAGAUGAACUUCAAACCAUAUUUGAGCAACGAUGUUAAGAAACUAGAAGAUGAACAAGUUAAGCAAGAAGAAGCCUUAAAAACUGCUAUUCUUGCAUCACUGAAAGAGGAGGCAGAGAGCAUCUCAAAUACUGUAGCGAAUUUCUGUGAUGCAAAGUUGGAUUCUUCUAGCUGUACUUCAGACAAUCACCCUUCUAACUCACUAGCAGAGAAGAGCUUGGUUCCACCUGACAUUCAAAGGACUAGUAUGCACCAAAGAACACAGGCAUCUGUGUGGAUUUCCUUUUGUGAAAUUUAUAAUGAGUAUGUGUACGACCUAUUAAAUAUUUUAGCUACAUCAAAAACUCAAAGGCGCAGAGUUUUAAGAAUUUGUGAGGAUCAAGGAGGAAAUUUUUACAUUAAAGAUUUGAAGUGGAUUAAUGUUCAGAGCCCUGAAGAAGCCUGCAGACUACUAAAAAUAGGAAACAAGAACCGAAGCUUUGCCUGUACUAGAAUGAAUGAGCAAUCAAGUAGAAGUCACAGUAUAUUUUCCAUCAGGCUACUCAAGCUAACUGAUGAGCAUCAACCACGUGUUCUUGGAGUAUCUGAGUUGUCUUUCUGUGACUUGGCUGGUUCAGAGAGGUGUAAUAAAACACAUGUCUUUGGAGACAGACUUAAAGAAGCAGGAAAUAUUAAUAAUUCUCUUCACAUCCUUGGAAAGUGCAUUGCAGCUCUGAAGCAAAAUCAAAACCCAAAGAUGAAGCCAAGCUAUAUUCCAUUCAGAGAGAGUAAACUGACUCGUCUGUUUCAGCCAUUUUUUUGUGGGAAAGGCAAAGCUUGUAUGAUUGUAAACAUUAAUCAGCAUACUUCCACAUAUGAUGAAACACUGCAUGUAAUGAAAUUUUCAGCUAUAGCCAGACAGGUUAUCCAGAAAAUCCUGCCCAAAAAUUUUGGUUAUUUUCCACAAAAGCUAGUUGGAGGUGAUGGCAGACCUAUCAUGCACUUUGAUGCUAACACAUCUGUAGAUGACUUUGCUGACAAUACUGAAACCUCUGCAGAAGAGGAAGUGGACAUCACCAUUCUGAGUCAUGAGGAGCUCUUGAAAGCUGCAGAGGACUUAAAGGAGAAGGUAGUUGCAGAAAGGCAAAGUAAGCUCCUUCUGGAGGUGAAGAUACGUAAAGAGAUGGCAGAAGCAAUGUUUCAACAGCUGUUGGAAACAGAGGAAGCCUGGAGCAACCGCUUGGAAGAUAUGAAAGACAGUUAUGAAGAAAAACUUGAGAGCAAAUUUGAAAUGUAUAAAGAGGCCAUUAAGAAACAUGCAUAUAUGUGUGCAAUGGAACAAAUUGAAGACCACUAUGUUCCCAUAGAAGAAUUUCUAGCUGAACAAGAGAAAGUUGAGGAUAGAGAGAGGAAAAUACUGCAGUUGGAAAGGCAACUUGAUGAGCAGUCAGGGAGGCUGUUGGCUCCUGGAAGUCUGAGCUCGGAUAUUCCAACUACUGAAAAUAACGUGGAACAAGGUAGGAAUGUAACCUGGGUAUCCAAAGUUCAGUUAGUUCUGGUAAUGUGUAUAAACAAACUUUUCUCUAUAGGUCUUACAGACAGCACAAUGAAGAGGGCCAAUGAAGGACUGAAGAAACAAUGUGAAGAAAAGGAAGAGCUUAUAAAAUCUCUGAAGUUUAAAAUACAGAAAUUAAAUGAAGCUCUGCUAGAAGCUAAUGAAGGCUACAGAAAAAUGGCAGAAGAGAACACUCAACUGAAGCACACAAUCAUGCUCAAGGAUCAAGAAAUGAAUAGUCUUCAGAACUGGGCUAAACGUGUUCUUGAGCUUGAAGAAACAGUGUCGUCCCUGCAAAAAGAGCUUGAAGAACGGAAAAAGCAUUUCUAUGCAGAGGAGUCAAAACAGCAGAAACCCAGGAGAGGUUUGCUGGCUAACCUGAAAUCCACAGUAGCAUCCACUGCUAAUAUACCUCUUGGGAAAGGCUGGGGGAGGUAUGAAGAGGCUUCACCCUAUUCAAGAAAACAAGUACUGUUGCCUCAUAAAACAAAAGAAUAAUAUUUAAUAAAGCAAAGUGUACAUUUACUGGGCUUCUUUAGUAGUCUUAAAACUGUUGGUAGCUCUUUCUUACUCUUAGGUGCCAUCUUCAAUGUCAUGUUGACUGACAGAAAAAUGUUUAAUACAGAGCUUUAAUUGAAUCAGUGUUGAAUUUUGAGCUAUAAAAGUUUAGGUCUAGACAUGUGCUUUUACUGUUGAUAUAGGGAUGUGAUUUGAGAAAUAUAUUUUAAUUCUGGAGUAAAGUAUCAUGGUCCUCUGUACUGAUAAAUGUGUUGUUCAAGCAAAGUGGGAUGCCCCUCAUCUGCUGUUUGUUAUGUUUUUAAGUUAUGUUAUUUCAUUGCUGAUUCCUAGAAAUCAGAUGGCUUAUAAAUUUAAUCCUAAGUAGUUAAAAUAGCAUGGUUCUUCAGUUAAUAUUUUGGUUUUGACCUGGAGACUCUCUUCUUGGGACAAAACUAAGCAAACCACUAAAGAAGGCAAUGAAAUGAAACCUCAUCUGGCUCCUUGCUAUUUUUUUGGCUAACUUGGCUUUGUAAAGAAAUUUGUUUUAAUAAAAUUUGAAUUUCCUCUAGAAAUAUGUAUUAAACUUUGAAAAAAUGUAUUUAAUAAAAUUUUCCAUUGCUACCUGAUCAGCUCUGAUUCUAGAUUCUAUAAAUCAGCAAAACCAAGAUAAGGAAAGAUCAUAAGACUAGAACCUAAAUAAUAAUAGUGAUUGAUAGGAUGAUCUUGAUUUGAAAGGGUCAUAAUCUUGAUUAUAUUACUUAGAUUUGAUCUAAUAGCUUAAGGAUGGAAGACUGGAGCAGGAUAAAAUUUUAAAUAGUUUUUCUAUAGCCCUUUCCAGUCAGUGAAGGUGGUGGGUUUAGCUGGUGUGGAAGUGCAAUGCCUGUAAUUUCUGGAGGCUUGUUGUGAAACCCAUAAGUAAAUUGGAUUGAUCAGUCCCUGCAAUGGUGUUUCUCACAGUGGAGGGGGUUCCAAGCAAGAACUCUCCCUGGUGAGACAGUAGGUCGUGCAGCCUUCCCAUGUGACAGGAGGACAGCCCUUCUCUGCUGUGACUCCUCUUGUCAAGUCUUUGAGAGUUUUGGGUUGGUCUGUGAUCAGUAAUUGCUCUGAUAUCUAUUUAACAAGGCUGUGGGGGGUUGUACUUCAGCCAUUGCUUUUCUCAUGUUUUGACUGGUUCUGUUAAAUACAGGGUUAUCUGGCUUUAGUUGUUCUGAAGGCCUAUAUAAUCCCUUGCAAGGUAGAAUUUCUAAAAUAUUUUUCUACUCCCACAUAAACUUCCAGCUAUUAAAAAAUAUUUUGGUGUAGUUGUAUGAGACACUGAAUGUUGAUCUCUUGAAUAAGGAAGCUGUUAUGUACAAAUUGCUUUAGGAAAAGCAGUUAAAACAGAAGC